AAAUGUACGAUGUAGGCUGGGAAGAGAUGAGAGACAAGCUGCGUAAAUGGAGAGAAGACAACUGCAGAAACAGUGAACAGAUAGUGGAUGUUGGCGAAGAGCUCAUCAGUGAACAUUCAUCCAAACUGGGGGAUGACAUCUGGAUUAUUUAUGAGCAGGUGAUGAUCGCCGCACUGGACUGCAGUCGGGAUGACUUGGCUCUGACCUGUCUACAGGAACUGAGGAAGCAGUUUCCAGAUAGCCACAGAGUGAAGCGAUUAACGGGCAUGAGGCUGGAAGCUCUGGAAAGGUACGAUGACGCCAACAAACAUUACGAUGCCAUUCUCCAAGAGGACCCCACCAACACGGCGGCAAGGAAGCGCAAGAUUUCUAUACUGAGAGCCCAGGGGAAGAGCACUGAAGCCAUAAGGGAACUCAAUGAGUAUCUGGAGCAGUUUGUUGGAGACCAAGAAGCGUGGCAUGAGUUAUCAGAGCUCUACAUAAAUGAACAUGACUAUGGAAAAGCUGCGUUUUGUCUGGAGGAGUUGAUGAUGACCAACCCUCACAAUCACUUGUACUGUGAACAGUACGCCGAGGUGAAGUACACUCAGGGGGGGAUGGAAAACCUGGAGCUGGCCAGAAAAUAUUUUGCCCAGGCGCUGAGGUUAAACAACCGGAACAUGAGGGCCUUGUUUGGUCUGUAUAUGUCUGCAAGUCACAUCGCUGCCAGUCCCAAAGUCAGUGCCAAGGUGAAGAAGGACAAUAUCAAAUAUGCUGCCUGGGCUGCCGCUCAGAUCAAUAGAGCCUACAAGAUGGCUGGUCGUGGGAACAAGGACAACAAAUGCUCCAUAAAGGCAGUGGAGGAGAUGCUGGAGUCCAUGCAGAUCACCAUGCCAUAGACAUUUCCUCAUGUUAAGUUGGAAAAACAUGGCAGCUCCAAAAUCCUUGCAAUUUGACCAGACAUUCAUCUUCAAGUGUUUUCUUCUUUUUUUCCCCCCAUGUCUUAGAUGAUUAGAUUUUUAACAGCCUAUGGAGGAUGCUCUCCAUAAUUUAGAACCGUCGGUAAACCAAGUUGUAGAUAGUUACCCGGCUGUUAACCAGUCCCAGACUGGGCCCACGCGGCCCCCAGCCCGUCCAGCUUCUAACAGCUUUGGACUGUUAUCCGUUAGUCAACAUCAACAUCAAUACUGAGACAGGUGGACAACAAAACAUGAGCGGCACACUACAUGCUAUUUAUGAUUCUGUGUGCUCGGCUUUUUUUGUUUUCAGAAUUAUCUGUAAAUUAAACUAAUAAACUUUUUUUCAAAGUAGAA